AUGACUAUGUCAUUCUUUUUAUUUAUAUUAAUACUAUCAUUAUCACUUGUAUAUUCAACAACUACCACCAACAAUGAUAUUAAUAUUUUAAUAGAGAAGAAAGAUGAAAGAGUAAAUGGUGGAUUUGGUCAAAGUAAUAGCAAGUUAGAUUCAGACAUGUGUUUACUAGAGUUGAAUGAUCAGAGCAGUGAGAAUACCACCACUGAAGAAAGAGUCUUUCCAAAAAGAUGUCAGUUUCUCAGUCAAGAUGUCUCGCGCUCAGUUGCGUCAAAGAUGUCUUGUUGUACAGAAAGUGAUGCCGGUCGAUUCGAACUACGAGUCAAUAAUAUUAUUUCACAAAUGUAUGCUCCUCUCUACCACUGUAAUAAUCUAAAAACACCGCUGAACAACAGUGGUUAUUCAGUGAAAGAAUUCUUGGCGUCGCCGAGCGGAAUGACACCUGACCUACAAAGUGGUGAUGAAACCGGUAAAGAUCAUCUACUGGAGGAUGUUCUCGAUAGCAGAUUCUACGUCAAGCUUUGUAGUGAACAUCUGGCUGCACUCCAAUGCAUGAGGUGUUCACGUGAUCAGCGAUCGGUGCUUGGCAGAGCGGGAUUCGAAGACUAUAGACCAAAGCGAUACGAUCGAGACAAUGACCCUCUUUUCUAUCUACGAGACAACUUGAACAUCGAUGGUUAUCCUUUUGUUUUAUGUGAACAGUAUGCAAUGCGUUUGUUCAACUACUGCCAAUUUCUCAAUGUCAGGGAAACACCAUUCGUCCAGCAAUUCAUUUUCAACGAACACUCAAAGAAUCAUUUCGUUGGGAUCACGCAGAAUUCCGGCUUACCAGAAGGAGUUAGAUUGAGUCCUUGGGUUUCACAAGAUUUUAUCGAUGUAUUCCUAAUCAGCAACGUGAACUGCUACACCAGAGAUAUGCCUACCUUUACAAUUCCGAAAUGUACUACCAUCAUUAAUAAUCAAUGGUCGAAUCGCUAUGUGGAUGCUCCGAAUGACCCACCUCCUAGUAAUGACUUUGUCUUUUCGGCCACUCAUAAAUCAUCGGUUUACUUAUCACUUAUAAUAAUAGCAAUAAUAUUAAAUUUAAUUCUAACAUAA